AUGGUUUUCACCAAGCUCAUCACUUUUGUUUUCGUCCUCUCUUCCAUCAAGGCCAUUAUGGUAGCUGAGACAAAUGUCAUAUCUCCUCGAUCCGUGUCACCUAUGGUCCAUUUGAUGCCGCGGGCUCUACCUCCCUGCCCCAAAUUUGGUUUUUCUGCUGAGGUGCCUUCUGAAGCCACAUUGAACGCAGCCAUUGCAGAAGACGAAGCUUACGCAGCCAAAUCAUACGCUUGGGAGCCCAAGAGUUGCGCUCUCGGUGGACAAAAUUGUGUAAAGACGCCAAGCGUCGCGGGAGCGCGGAUGAACAUGGCGACAGUGGCCCCCAUUACGCAUACUUUUGAAAUUCCUGAUGAACAGGCUGUGAUUUAUCUUAUACCUAAUGGGUAUCCCACAUUUCAGUGGACGGCUCCUGGUGGAACUGUUAACUCGUACAUGGCACACGGAACUGAUUACAUACUUGUGAGGGGUUGGGCACUGUCAGUCGAGUUUUGGGAUGGUGUCACUCCUAAAAUGGAGGCUCCAGGACAGGGUAACCCCGAUAUUACCUUUUGCUCGCAAAUUCCCGACGGUGAUAAAACUAUCGUGUAUAACCCAGACGCUCCUCACAACUCAUGA